CGUCUUUGUACUACAGGCACAAUAAGGUGCUGUAAUAUACUUUCACCGGUGAUGUAUCUGUGUUUCGCGCAAAAUUCAGGAUCGUCGCCACCGCCGGACAUACCUAGUGUCACUGUAUUACUACGUUGCUCCCCGAGACUUGUGGCCACCGCCGACGAAAAAGUCAGACAUAACCAAUGAGGCUCCAAUAUCUUGUUGAAUCCUGCCGCCCUCCAUUAGUUCCGUGGCUCCGAGGCACAUAUCGCUCUCUCCGCAGAUAACACUACAGGUAGGUGGGUGAUAUCUCAUACUGUCGCUAAAUCGGGUGCCGCGCUAUCCUGGGUUCUCCAUAAUAUGGUUGCUCCAGUAUAUAGCCCCAAGUCUCCCCACACUUCCUGUCGAUUUCUCAAGCAUUUUCUUUUGCUGUCUCUCUUUAAGAUAGCUUUCGUUGAAGCCAGCCGUCAUGCCUGCGGAUAUCGAUUACCAAGCUGGAGCGCUGGCUGCCGAGCCGAACGCCUCGCAGCCGAUUGAUGAGAAGCCACCAGUCGGACACGAAGGUGUGGAUAGAGCUGAAGGCGAAGUGGAAGUGUAUGAGGGCCUUCCCACGCAAGAUGAGCUUGAGGGAGAGGACGCUCUGAGGAGAGUGUCCGCCCCUAUCCCCUGGACCGUCUACACCGUUGCAUUUGUGGAAUUGUGUGAACGCUUCAGUUAUUACGGAACACAGGUUGUCUUCUCCAACUUCAUCAACCGCCCACUUCCCAGCGGAAGCCUCCCCGGCUCCAACCCCAAGACAGGGGCCGGCGGCCCCUCUGACCAAGGAAUUUCUGGAGCUUUAGGAAAAGGAACUGCAACAGCUAAUGGAAUCAAUACGUUCAACGCACUAUGGAUUUAUACGACACCGUUGCUCGGUGCCUAUAUGGCUGACGCGCACUGGGGUCGUUACAAGGCCAUUUGUGUCUCCAUCGGCAUUGCUAUCAUCGGACACAUCGUCCUAGUCGUCUCAGCUGUCCCAACCGUCAUUACCAACACAAAUGCGGCUAUGGGAACCUUCAUGACUGGUAUCAUCAUCAUGGGCCUCGGCACCGGUGGAUUCAAACCCAACAUCUCUACCCUCAUCGUGGAGCAAAUCCCGGUGACGACUCUCAUCGUUAAGACUCUUCCUUCUGGUGAACGCGUCAUUGUCGAUCCUACUAUUACCCAGUCACGGAUUUACCAUUACUUCUACCUCUUCAUCAAUAUCGGCUCUCUCAUCGGCCAGAUCUCCAUGGUCUAUGCCGAGAAGUAUGUUGGCUUCUGGCUUGCGUUCCUCCUCCCAACUCUCAUUUUCCUCCUCACCCCCGGAGUUAUGUAUUGGGGUCGCAAACGCUACAGCCAAGCCGCACCCGAGGGCUCCAUCGUCUCCAAAGCCUUCAAGAUUCUUAUGUUCGCUCAAAAAGGUCGCUGGAGCAUCAACCCCGUCAGAACAUGGAAGCUCAUGCACGAUGGGACUUUCUGGGCGUCCGUCAAGCCAUCUGCUAUCGCCCCUGAGAACCGCCCCUCCUGGAUGACCUUCGAUGACCAAUGGGUGGACGAAGUGCGUCGUGGAUUUGCUGCCUGCGCCGUCUUCGCCUGGUACCCCCUAUACUGGAUUACUUACAACCAAAUCAUCAACAACCUGACCACUCAAGCGGGUACGAUGCAGCUGCACGGCCUCCCGUCCGAUAUUCUCACCAACCUUGACCCCCUCGCCCUCAUCAUCCUCAUUCCCCUCUGCGACCGUCUCCUCUACCCCUUCCUCCGCAAAGCCGGCAUCCGCUUCACGCCCAUCAAGAAGAUCACAGCUGGGUUCUUCUUUGGCACCGCUGCCAUGAUUUGGUCUGCCGUCCUCCAACACUACAUCUACAAGCGUUCCCCCUGCGGUUACAACGCCAACACCUGUUACACCGACAGCGGUGCUCCACUUCCAGCCACCAUCAACGUCUGGGCUCAGACCGGUGCCUACAUCCUCAUCGCCAUUUCCGAGAUCCUGGCUUCCAUCACAUCGCUCGAGUAUGCCUUCAGCAAGGCACCCCGCAACAUGCGUUCGCUCGUGCAGGCCGUGGCACUGUUCACCAACGCUAUCUCGGCUGCUAUUUGUGAGGCUUUGAAUCCUCUCAGCGCGGACCCGUUGCUGGUUUGGAACUAUGGUGUUAUGGCUGUGCUCAGUUUCUUUGGGGGGAUCAUGUUCUGGUGGCAGUUCAGGAGCUUGGAUGCUCAGGAGGAUGAGCUGAAUAUGUUGCCUGAGGGACAUGCUGUGGCGACGAUGAAGGAUAUGGAGGGUUAUCAUGAUGAGCCUUCGAGGCCACCGACGCCGAGAGAGAUUGUGGAGAAGAAUUAGAUGGGAGAAUGAAGUUUAGAGUAUGAGCUCGUUUGAGCUGUAUAUAUGAUAUCCAUUGGAUAUAGAGUUGUAUAUAUUUAUGAUAUAGUAGAGUGGGGUAGAUGAUGGCGUUCAGGCUUCAUGGGGUUUAUUUGCAGGCGUCAUUUCUGGGUGGA